AUGGCGAUGGCGUCGUCGCGGGCGCUGCUGCUGGCGCUAGCCCUCGCGGCGGCGGUAUGGUGCGGCGAGGCGGGGUCGGCGCCGACGGCGGCGGCGGAGGCGGCGCACGACGUGCUGACCGCGCACGGGCUGCCGAGGGGCCUGCUCCCCGCGGGGAUCGCCGCGUUCUCGCACGACCCGGCCACGGGCCGCUUCGAGGCGUCGCUGGACGCGCCCUGCACGGCCAAGGCCGAGGUCGACCUGCGGUACAACGCCACCGUCACCGGCGAGAUCAGCUACGGCCGGAUCAGCGACCUGUCGGGAAUCUCCGCGCAGGACCUCUUCCUCUGGUUCGCCGUCCUCAGCAUCCGCGUCGACGUGCCCUCGUCCGGCGUCAUCUACUUCGACGUCGGCGUCGUCUUCAAGCACUUCCCGCUCUCCUUCUUCGAGGCCCCGCCGCCCUGCGUCCCCACCUCCUUCAUCCUCCUCGCGCCGCACAAACAGGGAGGUGACGACGGAUCGGUGGACGGCGGCACGGCGCUGCAAUAAUGGGACGGGACGUAUUCCCAGUCUC